CUAUAGGUAUAUAUGGGUGAGGCAUGCAUGCAAAACCCAGCACUAUCCAUGCAUGCAUGAGGCCUUCUCUCUCUCUCUCUCUCUCUCUCUCUAUAUAUAUAUAUAUAUAUAUAUAGCUAGGCUUGCUAGCUUAUAUAUUUAAGCAUGCAUACGCAUUAAUAUUCACAACCCAAAACUCAAAAGUCAGUUUGCAGUUUCAAAGCGGACUAGUCCUGAAAAGUUGAAGGCACUACUUCCUUCCAUCCAUCGCAUACUACUCUCCCCGAUCCAUCCAUGGCCGUGGCUCAAGGCAAAUGGCUCAAGCUUGAUCAACAUGGUACUGCGCCUGGAGCCAGAAGCUCACAUGCCACUGCCAUAGUUGGACAAAAGGCCUAUGUUUUUGGUGGUGAAUUCAAGCCACGUGUCCCGGUCGAUAACGAGCUCCACGUCUUUGAUCUGGAAACCCUAACAUGGUCUGUUGCAGAGGGCACCGGGGAUGUCCCGCCACCACGUGUCGGUGUGACAAUGGCAGCUGUUAGAAAAACUAUCUAUGUGUUUGGUGGUAGGGACAGUGAACAUAACGAGCUGAAUGAGCUCUACUCCUUUGACACAUGCACAAAUAAGUGGACCCUACUCUCUAGCGGAGACAUCGGCCCCACUCACCGAAGCUACCACUCUACGACGGCCGAUGAUCGACAUGUAUACAUCUUUGGUGGCUGUGGAGUGGCUGGUCGACUUAAUGACCUAUGGGCCUAUAAUACUGUUGAUCAAAAGUGGGUCAAAUAUCCUGCCCCAGGAGACGGAUGCAAGGGUAGAGGUGGGCCUGGGCUGGCUGUGGCCCAAGGAAAAGUAUGGGUUGUGUAUGGUUUUGCUGGAGUGGAAAUGGAUGACGUACACUACUUUGAUCCAGUCCGUGGAGAAUGGGCCCAAGUCGAGACAACUGGUGAAAAACCUACAGCUCGCAGUGUAUUUUCUACACUCGGGAUUGGAAAAUACGUAUUUAUAUAUGGUGGGGAAGUAGAUCCUAGUGACCAAGGUCACUUAGGUGCCGGUAAAUUUGCUGGCGAGGUUUAUGCAUUGGACACAGAGACAUUAGUGUGGAAACGAUGGGAUGAUGGACCGGAAUCGGGUGAUCAUCCCGGGCCUCGCGGUUGGUGUGCGUUCGCAGCUGGUCACCGGGAUGGAAAGGAGGGACUUUUGGUGUAUGGUGGCAAUUCACCAAGCAAUGAUAGGCUUGGUGACCUUUUCUUUUUCACUCCUUGAUAGUCAUCAUGAGAUCAUGAU